UGGCGGUGAGAUAAUCAAACAAUGAAAUAGCAAAAGAACAAGAGAGCGAGGUGCGAGCGAGCCCUCUCUCACGCGUGACACCACGACCCUCGCGAGGCGGUCUCUCGGUGGAAACGGUUCGCGAGCUGCGGAUGCCAUGUCCAUGACGAUCUUUCUUGACGGGAUGGCGGCGGCCUCUCUGCAGCCGUAUCAGCGCCGCCCACCCGGCGCGCCUCGCGCGCUGUGCAUCCGCCCGCCGCCGGCCGGUGCGAGGCCGACGGGCGGCGGCGGCGGCGGCGGCGGGUGUGGCCGCGGGCCACAGGGGGAGCGCUGCGGCGGCGGAGGCGGAGCGCCGCCCCGCGGGUGCGCGCCUCCUCGUUGCGGCGGCGGCGGAGGUGGGGGAGCGGAGCUGAAGGCGGAGGGGCGCCCUCCCCUGUCCCCUCCCCUGUCCGUGCCUCCCCUGUCCGAGCCUCCUGAAGGGUAGCCUCGCGCGGGCGGCAGGAGUUCUCGAGGCGGGAGAUCUCGAGGCGGGAGAUCGGCACCGC